GCAAGAAGAAGUCAUGAAAUUAGAUGAGAAUCGUCGUGUAUUCGCUCGGUUAAAAUGUUUAAAGGAGUGUAUAGAAUGUUUUAGCACUAACUCAGAUUUACCCGAACAUUUCUGCUAUGUACCAAAAGAGUUAUUAUAUAGGUUAAAGCCAGGAGUUCAAUUUACUGGAAAGUUCUUGUUACAUUCCCAACCGUGCAAGUCCAGUCCGAGAGCAUGUGAUCAGCUUCCCUUACCAUGUACACCUCAUUGGACAUUUUAUGCAUCAGGGGAGGAAUACUGUAACAACGAAGGACAGUGGAUUAAGUUGCUAAAAUAUUCAACCAGUGGUGCUGAGACCGAUGUCUACUCACUCCCUGAUGACGCGUGGCUGCUGCUGGUUGGUUGUCGUACUGGCACGAGUGGCUCGGCUGAGGAACCUCUACUCCACGUCUAUAAACCUACUCCUAAGACGUCUAUAGUCUAUAGAUGCCGACCAACACCAGUCAUCAACAAGUGGGAGGACGUGGUCACGCACCACUACUCGCUGAAGCGCGGUAGGUGCGACAAUGCAGUGGUGGCGCCAUCGUGUGUCGAAGCGGUGAAGCGACUGCGGCACACGCCGGCGUCGUGGGGCGUCGACUACGAUGAGGAGCUGGUGAAGUUUCUCUGCGAGCACAGCAACAGCGACAACGAGUACCUCGGCAGCGUGAGGAACUAUGUCGACGCCAUCGAAGUCUCCUCUUACUGCGAUUUAGAUCCAGUGAAGGGAUUAACGGAUGGAGACCCGGAAACAUGCUGGGAGAGUGACGGUAGUCAGGGUGAACACUGGAUUCGUCUCACAAUAAAGAAGGGCAUAAUUAUCAAAAAAUUGUUCAUCGCUGUGGAUGCAGCAGACGACAACUACAUGCCUUAUCAGGUGGUCGUUAUGGGUGGAGAGCUAGGAAACACAAAGAAACUCAAUGACGUUCAUGUUGAUUUGUCAUUCACUGGUGAUGUCUGCAUCUUGGAGAACAUGUCUGACUACUACAGCAUAGUUGAAAUUAAAAUCAAAGAAUGCAAAGAUAGUGGCAUAGAUACUAGAAUUCAUGGCAUCAAAAUCAAGUCAUCUCCUGAACAUGACAUAGGACAAAGCUACGACCUAUUCUGCAGGGACAACCUCAAACGUUAUCCCAAACUAGAGAAUGCCGACACAGAAAUGUUAUACAGGAGAGCACUGGCUCUGCAACGGUUUAUCACAUUGAUGGACAGUGUGCUUCAUUACAUCGUACCCCAGUGGCAGUAUUCAGUUGGAACGUUUAAGUUUACAGAGGUGGUGAGACAGAUUUUACCAUUGUCAAAGAAGAGACUAUCUCUCAUAGAGACAUUUUUAAGGGAUACAGAGUCCAGCGUGCCGUCCGACAUUCCCAAGCUCUACGUGAACAGAUGUACGGCGGCCGAGCAUCAUGCUGACCCGAGCUCCGACCCCGAGUGCAAACGCUCCAUCUUCAUCCAGAUCUAUGAGGGCCUGAAGCCCAGGCAGUGCAACGAGAAGAUGCUGGAUUACCGGUGGCCACCGAUACAUGACCAGUGGUGGGAGUGCAAGUUUGCCUCAGAGGGAAUCAUCGAUCAGGGCGGAGGCUUUAGAGAUAGUCUUGCUGAUAUGGCAGAGGAAUUGUGCCCUACUGACAGUGAUGUACCCGUGUCACUUCCAUUCUUCGCGAGGGCUCCUAAUCAGUUCAACGUCGACCUAAACAUCAACAGGGAUGUUUAUGUGCCAAACAUCGGCUGCACUCAGUACUUGCUAUACGAGUGGCUGGGUAAGCUGAUGGGAGCCUGCCUUCGCAGCCGCGAGAGCUUGGUGCUAUCCUUGCCCAGCUUUGUGUGGAAGAAGUUGGUAGGUGAGACAGUGAAGUGGUCCAGGGAUUACGUCACAGUGGAUGCAGCCGAGGUCAAACUUGUUGAUAACAUAGAGACGAUGGAUCAGGAAAGCUUUACAAGUUAUUUUGGAGAUGAACACAAAUUUGCGUGCACGGCCUGCGACGGCAGCGCGCAGGAAGUGAAGCACGGCGGAGCAGACAUACAACUCACCUACGAAAACAGGUUCGAAUACGUGAAACUUCUGAAGCAGACGAAGUUGCAAGAGUUCGACAAACAGUUGGAAGCAAUACGUAAAGGAAUUCUGAAGGUUAUUCCACCUGCAGUAUUAGAUCUCCUUACUUGGCAGGAACUCGAGAGAAAGAUCUGCGGAGAUCCUGAAAUAACUGUAGAGGCUCUAAGGAAGCAGACUCACUAUGAAGAUCUGGACCAGACGGACGUUAGAGUCGGCCAGCUGUGGGACGCUCUGACAAACUUCACGAAUGCAGACCGCAGCCGAUUCUUGCGCUUUGUCACCGGCAGACGGCGCCUGCCCGCGCCAAUGUACAUCUGCGCUGACAAAGG